ACGCGGGGCGGGCACAAAAGCGCCGCGCCCGGCCACGGCCACRCCACCUUGGAGUCGGCGUUGGGGGCGACGUGGGGUCGGCCGCCCGGGGUUCAGCGCUUAGCGGCUCCGACAGGGGCGGCUGUUUCGGGACUCGCAGGAUGCCGGAGGCGCGGCAGCGCGGAGCGCAGCUGCUGUGGGUUUUGCUGUGGGUGACCCUCGUGCGUUCCUACAACGUGGACGUAGGUCGCCCCGUGAUUUUCCGGGGUCCCAACGGUUCCUUCUUCGGAUACUCGGUGCUACAGCACUACCACGAUAGCACGCGGUGGGUCUUGGUUGGUGCUCCAAAGGCAGAAUCUAAGUACAGCACUUCUGUUCAGUCCCCAGGAGCAGUGUUUAAAUGUCGAGUCCAUACCAACCCUGACAGAAGAUGCACCGAACUGGAUAUGGGGAGAGGCAAUUCUCGGGGCAUGCUCUGUGGAAAGACCUGUAAGGAAGACAGAGAUGAUGAGUGGAUGGGUGUGAGCCUGGCUAGACAGCCAAAGGCUGGUGGAAGUGUGCUGGCAUGUGCACACCGCUGGAAAAAUAUCUACUAUGAGACAGAGUACAUCUUGCCCCAUGGCUUCUGCAACAUCGUUCCUCCCAACCUGCAGUCCAAAGGGAGGAAACUCUUGCCCUGCUAUGAAGAGUACAAGAAGAAAUAUGGGGAGGAGCAUGGUUCAUGCCAGGCAGGGAUCGCAGGCUUCUUCACUGAGGAGCUGGUCAUCAUGGGGGCACCAGGAUCUUAUUAUUGGACAGGAACUGUCAAAGUACUGAAUAUCACUGACAACACAUAUUACAAGCUGAAUGAUGAUGCUGUGAUAGCCAGGCGGUACACAUACCUUGGAUAUGCAGUGACAGCAGGUCAUUUCUCUCAGCCAACUACCACUGACAUUGUAGGAGGAGCUCCCCAGGAUGGAGGCAUCGGAAAGGUUUAUAUUUUCAGAACUGACAGACGAUCAAGCUCUUUAAUAAAGAUUUUUCAGGCUUCAGGAAAAAAGAUGGGCUCUUACUUUGGCUCCUCCUUAUGUGCAGUUGAUCUGAAUUCUGAUGGGUUGUCAGACCUGCUGGUUGGAGCACCUAUGUUUUCUGAGAUCAGAGAUGAGGGUCAAGUCACAGUCUAUAUCAACAGAGGAAACGGAGUGCUGGAAGAGCAGCUCAUCCUGGGUGGUGACAGUGCCUAUAAUGCACACUUUGGGGAGAGCAUGGCURCCCUUGGUGACAUUGAUGAUGAUGGCUUCCCAGAUAUUGCCAUUGGAGCGCCUAAAGAGGAUAACUACAUAGGAGCAGUCUACAUUUACCAUGGGAGUGCCAAUGGUAUUAUACGUCAGUACUCUAUGAAGCUGUCUGGGCAAACAAUAAACCCAAAGCUGCGUAUGUUUGGCCAGUCCAUAUCAGGGGGAGUUGAUAUGGAUAGCAAUGGUUAUCCAGAUAUGACUGUUGGAGCCUUCCUGUCAGACAAUGUGGUGCUUCUGAGAUCCAGGCCUGUCGUUACCGUGGACAUCGCCAUUUUCCUGCCCAUAUCUAUCAAUAUCACAGCUCCACAGUGCCAUGAUGGUUUGCAGCCAGUGAACUGCCUCAAUGUCACAGCAUGCUUUCGUUUCAGUGGCAAGCAAGUUCCUGGAGAAAUAGGUUUGAAUUACAACUUAACUGCUGAUGUGGCAAAGAAGGAAAAGAGCCAGCAACCCAGAGUUUAUUUUGUAGCUUCUGGAGAGACAUCAGGGCAGAUCACAGAAAAAUUACAACUGUCAUACAUGCAGGAGAAGUGUGAGCAUUACCUCGCAUAUGUCAAGAAAAGAGUCAAGGACGUCAUCUCUCCAAUUGUAUUUGAAGCUGCCUACAGCCUUGGGGAACAUGUGAUAGAAAAAGGAAAAGAGGACAAGGAACUACCUGCUCUCAAGCCCAUUCUUCGUUGGAAGAAAGGACAAAAGAUAGCACAAAGAAAUCAGACUGUUUUUGAGAGGAACUGUCAAUCUGAUGACUGUGCUGCUGAUUUGAAACUUCAGGGUAAAUUAUUGCUAUCUGGUGUUGAUGACAGAACUGCCUACCUGGCCCUGGGAGCAGUGAGGAACAUCUCACUUAACAUUUUCAUCUCCAACAUUGGUGAUGACGCCUAUGACACCAAUGUUUUCUUCAAUUUUUCUGAAGAGCUCUUCUUCAUCAAGAUGUGGCAAAAGGAGGAACUGGGCAUUGCUUGUGAGUUACUGGAGUCAGAUUUCCUGAAGUGCAGUGUGGGAUUUCCUUUCAUGAGAUCCAACUCUGGGUAUGAAUUCAGUGUGAUCUUUGACACAAGCCACUUGACUGGGCAGGAAGAAACACUYACCUUCCUUGUCACUGCCCUAAGUGGAAACCUAGAACGCACUGAAUAUCUGCAUGAUAAUACUAUAAGCCUGUCAGUGCCCCUGAUGCAUGAAGUGGAUUCAUCCAUCAAUGGAGAAGUCUUCCCUACUUCAUUUUUCUACGGUGAUUCUGUGGAAACGUCCAACUUUGUUCAGUUGGAAAACCAUGAAUGCCUCUUCCAGUCUCUCAACUUUACACUGCAGGUUUACAAUGCCGGACCAAGUACUCUUCCUGGAGCCUUUCUUGACAUUUCAAUUCCAAACCGCCUUUCUGCCACUGGGGCCGAAAUAUUUCAUAUUCAGCAGAUGGUGGUUCGUCAGGACAAAGGAAGCUGUUCUUUCCACAGAAACCAUAGCCCAUGCAUUGUUCCUCAAGAGAAUGAAAAUAUUUUCCACACCAUAUUUGCUUUUUUCACGAAGUCUGGCAGAAAAGUUUUGGACUGUGAAAGACCAGGCAGGUCUUGUUUCAUUGUACACUGCAACUUAAGCUCAUUACCUAAAGCAGAGUCCUGUGAUAUAAAUAUCUACAUGCUGCUGAAUACUGAGAUACUCAAGAAGGACAGUUCAUCAGUCAUCCAGUUUGUCACAAGGGCAAGGCUGCAGGUGGACCAUGACCUUAGAGUUGUGAAGGUGCCCAAUGGGAGCCCAGAAGAAAAAACAGUGGUCUUUGAGGCUUUGCACUAUCUGGAGCCACGUGGGUAUGUUGUUGGAUGGAUCAUUGCCAUCAGUUUGUUAGUGGGAAUUCUCAUCUUCCUAUUGCUGGCUGUGCUCUUAUGGAAGAUGGGGUUCUUCCGCCGGAGGUACAAAGAAAUUAUUGAGGCUGAAAAGAGCAGAAAGGAGAAUGAAGAUAGUUGGAACUGGGUCCAGAAAAAUCAGUAAACUGCCCAUGAGAACAAAAGCCCAGUCAUGUGACAUUGCUCACUAACCUAUAGGUCCUGCUCUCGUAUCUUCCAUAUGUGGAAGAAGGAAUCUUCUCCAGAUUUUUCGGAGACCCCAUUGAUGCUGUGUCUUUAUUACUCCAAAAAGCUAGGGAACAUAUCCUGAAACCACCACUGCAGCCAUGUCAGGUGACUGGAGCAAUCCAUUAAGAAAUCCAUUCAAUUUAAGAGUUGAACUUUGAUAACCAAGCUGCAGUGCAGAGCAAUAUUUAUGAAUCCAACUAUGUGGUAUAGUCUAAGGGGAAGACUUUUACCUAAAAAUAUUUUUUAUUAAUGUAAGCUUUUUAUAUUGAGUAUGUCUUUAUAUUUGUAUCAAUAUUUUAUAAUUCCUAUUGAACAGCUAUAUUGUUCACUCAAGCACUGAUAUCUGGCUAAAUCUUUGGGAACACACAUAUAGAUACAUAAAUUUAAUGCAAGAGAGAAAGAAGAGAUUUGCAGAUAAAAGUAGCUGAAAUCCUCAUAUGCUUUAUUCACAAGGCUUCGUAGUAUCAUAUCUAAAUAAUUUAAUGGAAAUAAGCCAAAAUCUUUUCACUGUCUCUUUCUUUAAGUUGAAUUUGGUGUUUGAUUUAUAAGCUAARGAACCUAAAGUAGUGAUAUCUUGAGUUUGUCCUUUACUAGCCGGAAUGGGAGAGGAUGAAAAUACUUCUUCAGUGACAAGUAGCAAAAUGUAGCUUGCUUUGGCUCACUGAAGAAAACAUCACAAAAUGUUCUGUGAAGUUUUCUCCUGCAGUCUCUAGGACUGUACAGUUGAGAUACCAGAAGGAUAUCGUUGGGGCCAGCCACUGUGGCAUUGACAAAUUCCUUUAAAUUAAAAAAAAAAAUAAGAAAUUAUGUAAUAUUCAUAUUAAGAGAGAUAGUUUUAAAGCUACUGUUAAUGAUUGUAAUCUGUUGCUGUCAAAGUAAGUGAUGAAUUGCUACAAGCUAUGAGCAUUAUGUCUGCCAUGUGAAUUACAUACUUGAGUCAUGAGUUUGUUUAUAUGACAAUUUUAAGAGAGAUAAGUGGAUGCACAGAUUAAAAUCUUUGGUUCUUUGAGUCUUGAGAUUGCUCAUCUGGGUGUUUCAAGUACUGAAUGUACUUCCUCAAAAACUGAGAAGUUUAGUCAAAGUGCAGAUGUUAUAGGAUCUCAUCUUUCCACUUUUAUUGCUGGUAAUUCCUUAAUAAAUAAUUUGUUGAAUUAGAAGAAAUCUAAUUUUAAUCAAUUCAAGUGUGUUUAUUCAAAAAGCUCUUGGAUUUCUGAAUAGAAAUAAUGGAACUGUGUAAGACUUGGCUUUAGAUUCUACUUGUAUUGUGCACAUUGUGUAAAUAAGAAGUAAAUGGCAUGUAAAAUCCAUGUAAAGGAAGGAAGUGCUGAGCUCUGUGGUAGAAAGUGAAACCAGGACUGAAAGGUUGCAGGAUGUCUUAUUCCUUACAGGUAUGGUAAAAGAACAGCUGGACGUUUGGAAAUUUGAACGCAGAGAACAUGCAAGAAAUCUGCUCAAGAACAGGUCUUAUUCUUGCUCCUCCUUGCCAUAUUCAUGAUAGCUUCAAAUUCUAAAAAAUGGACCACAUCCAUAUUCCUGUUUGCAUUUUACCACCACCAUCAUCAAGUGUCUGCUAUUACUACAGUACCAAUCAAUAUUUAUAAACUAUUAGCUAUCUGCAUACAUUAUGUAGAAAAUAGUCUUAAUUAAGUGUAUUGAUUAAACAUCUGACAAGAAAAACUACUAGUCUGUUCAGCUAUCUUUCUUAAAACAACAAUUAGUGAUUUGACAUAUUCUGUGUGACGAAUGGUCAUUUAAGCCAGAAGCCACAGCAGUGUUGUAAGCAUAUGUAGUGGAGUGCAGAUUUUCCAUCAGAGUGCAAARCCAAGUGGCAUUUGACUGCACUAUUGCAUUUUCGUCUAGAGACAGAAUCAUAGAAUGGCUUGUGUUGGAAGGAGCCUUAAAGAUCUAGUUCCAGUGCUCCUGCCAUGGGCAGAGAGACAUUUUGCUAGACUGUGUUCCUCAAAGCCCAAUCCAGUCUGGUCUUGAGCUGCUGUAUUAUCAAAGAGUCAAAGAGUGAUAAGAAUGACUUGUGUUGGAAGGAACCUUAAAGAUCAUGUAGUUCCAACUCCAUGCCCAUGGCCAUGCCACGUUACUCAGAGCCCCAUGCAACCCACCCUUGAACACUUCCAGGGACAGACCAUCCACAACUUUGAGCAACCUGUUCCAGUUUCUCAUCACCUUCACAGCAGAGUUUCUUUCUAAUAUCUAAUCUGUAUCUGCUUCUAGUAUUGAAGGCUGUUGAAUUCCUCGCAGUAUGGUAUGUCUGACAUCAAUUAGUUUCGUUAACCAACAAAAUCUAACUGUUUUUUUUGUUAAAAAAAAAAAAAAAAAAACCCUUAGGUCAGACAGAUAUUGGAUGUGAGAUUGAUUCACAGCUAUAAAUUGAAAUUGCUUAAAGUACUUGCUAAAAAAAGAGGUCUGUUUUAUUAUCUAUAAGACUCUUCAGUAUCUGCCCCUCUAAAACUGAGCCCSAAAACAACUAUUAAAAAGGAAAAAUUGCUGAAAAAAUACUUCAGGGCACAAGUUAAACUAGUUGUGAAUUGGACUGAAUUUUAAAGUUUCCAUCCAAAAAAGGAGGAAGUUCCCUUUGAAAAGUUGAAAUCAUUAAUUUCCACUUUUUUAACAAAAAUUUACUUUGAAAUAUUUUAAAAAUAAAAAUUAAUUAUACCUUUGAAAUAUCUUUUAAAACUACAUGAAGAAGAGAGUUUUAAAAGUUACCAAUUUAACAUGUCAGAUUUUAAUGGAACUUUUUUUUGUCUCAAAGCAAAAAUGGUUUUAUUUGUAAAAAUCAAAUAAAUUUCAUUUGAGCCCGCAUUGGACAUUUUUGAUUUCUGACUUGAAUUGUCAUAGAAUUGAUCCAGCACAAGUCAUCCCUUAGAGAAAAUCUAGUUGUUGGCUAGAUAAAUGCUGUAUUGUUGAAAUAAUCCACAAAUUCUUAAUAUCAUCACUGCUAAGCACGUAGUAGUUCUGUUGUCAUGAAUGGUUUUGAUUUUAUACGAAUACUCUCCAAAUUUUUUUUCCCUUAUUUAAAAAAAAAAAAAAUCAAAUUCCAUUGUGGCUCUUGCUUUCAGUUACGAUAGUUAGAUUUGACAACGAAUCAUACCAGUUCUUCAUAUUAAAAUACUGCAGUUGCACUUUCCCACUCCUUAAAAAUCAACUAAAAAGUCCCACUAAUAUCUGUUGGUUGCAAUCAGUUUCUAAUCCCAAAGUUUUACGAAACUGUAAUAUACUUCAACAGUGUAUUGAACAGAGCUGAGCUAUAGAAUUUCUGGGGUUUAUGUGUUUUUAAUUUAGAAAUCGUUAUAAAUAUCUAGAGACAUGGUKACUUUGGAAAUUGCUUUAAGGGCUCUGGAAGUUCCCAACUGUCAGCUACUUGUUAGUUUCUUUGUGCUGUUCUUCUUGGCUGGGCGUAGUCAUUGUACAAGUCCUCUGCAGUUAAUUGAUUUUGAGACAACGUUAUCAGUUCUCUUGGACAACUUUAUUGAAAGGCUUGCUGAAUUUACAAUGCCUGUUUUUUCCACCAGGCUCACUUUACACYAGCUAUAAGCUAUGCAGGAGGAAGCUUAGAAGUGGGGCAGUGACAUUUUCAAAUGCUCUGGCAUCUGAGAUAUCUGAAGCUUACAAUGUGCAAGGGGUUUUCUGACAAAUAGUACCCCUGAAAUUGUUUUUAGGGUAGGAAGAAAAGAAUCUCAGAAAAAAAACAUGAUGAAGAAGAAAUUUGGGAGGGAUGGGGAGUGGGAAUCAAAGAAAAAUAUGACUUAGUAUCGCAGUCUGUGCUAUUGCAACCCCAUGUAGUUUCCAUCUUGAUGUCAAGAUCACAGUCAUUUCACAGUUUGGUGGCUCACAGCACAGGAAUGAGCCAUCUUGAAUAGCAAUAUUUUCAUUUAAAAACCAAGGUGUUUGGGUCUUGGAAUUUCCAUUGGUUCUCCCCAAGCAACAACACAGCUAGUGUACUCUAAGAAUGUCACUAGCAUGCUCUGGUACUUGGCCACUGUAGGUAACAAAAACAACUGCUAUUUUUUUUAAUAAAUUGUUCUUGUAUUUGCUCAGUUAUAAUGAGGAUAUAACAAACUGUGGAAAAUAUUGGAGCCACCUCUGAAUUGAAGUCAUCUCAUAAAUUGCUUGGAUUAUCUGAGAAGUUAUUCUUAGUGUGAACUCCAAGUCUGUAAACCACUUAAGUAAUCUUUUUAUCUCAAAGUGGCAAAGACUUCUGCAAUGCCAAACAUAACAGUGAAAACAGUUCUCUCUCUGCCUUAAUACAUGAAUGAUAACGAUCCCACAUACCAAGUCAGUGAUGAGCAGGUAGCCCAGCUUGCUGUGAGCAAUAGUUACUUAAAGUUUUUUCUUUGAUGGUAGUUAAUGUCUACUUUCUUGAGUCUUCUGUUYGUGGGCACAUUUUGGAGUCUUGCACAAGUUUAAAGCAUAGUAUCCAUGUGGCAUGGAAAUAUAUAACACUACUUUCACUAAAGAAUUAACGGAGUCAUGGAGCUAAUUUCUAUCCUUUGUCCAAGUCUACUUAUUUGCUAGGGUUUCUUGGAUAUAAAUAAAAGUAGAAUUUCAUUCAUUUCAUUCAUCAAUGUGCAUUGGUGAAACUGGCAUGAAGACUAAUUGCUUUUGGGGCUUGGUUUGCAUACACUGUAGAGCACCUGCACCAUUGUCACUUCUUUUUCUCAGAAUGUCACUGCUUAUGUAUUGUAAAAUUGUAUGUUUCUUUUUGUGAACUUGUGGUUGGAAGAAUGUGUUCACUUUUAUUGAUGUCACUUGUAUUUAGAAGCCUAUGUUCACCUAUAUUCUAAUUCACUUGCAUUGUUUUGGAAAUGCCAGGUUUACAAAAAAUACAACCUUUUGGAAUAAAAAGUGACUGCAAAAUUAUCCGAAUACUAUCAUUUUGUCAGUUAUUGUACCUGUCUAUCUCAGCUGCUUUUCCAUUAACUAGGUGAGACAUUUUCUCCUGUAUGUUUGAAUUUAAGAGCAUAUGUACCUGUUUAUCUGUGUGUGGAUAAUGGAUAUUUUUAUUGUAGUU